AUGUUACUCCAUAAUGAUAAUACUCAACAAGGUGUUACAAAUUAUGGAUUACACUGUCAAAAACUCGACCUGCCAGAGAAUGAAAUACGCGAAUUAAUUGAGCAACAAACUUUGGAAGUAACACCAGAAAUUGGUAAAUAUAUAAAGCAAUCCGCUAGGGGCCAAAGUGAUAAUCCAAACUGGUUUGAGGAAAGAAAGUCUCGUCUUACAUCUUCUACUUUCGGUGAGAUAAGCUAG